AGGAGCCAAUUAUCUCGAUCUUCGAAGGCGGAGGAACAGAGCAACGCGGGCGGACCUAUUAUUAGCAGCGCGAUGUCAUUGACAAACGCCAGACCGAAGCGGAACCCAAGACGGGCCGCCAACAAGCAAUGGAGCGAGGAGCAGCUGAUGACUAGCACAAAGUCGCAGCUAAUCCAUUUGGACUUGGUGAAACUGCUUGCUCAUCCUGAAGCCUGGACAUGCCUUGAGGAGAACGAGAAGGAGGAGAUCUUGAAGCUACUUCCCAAUGGCGCGCAUCCGAAUCCCUACCCUUCACCCGAUGACCCCGAGGCGAAAAUCCCCCCGCCACCAGAAUCGUUCCUACGUUAUUCUAAUAACUGGCGCGACGGCAUCCGUCAGUUUCAGCUCGAUCUCCAGCAGGGGCGCUACGAUCCGGAAUGGCUACGUGAAGCGGAAAUAGCUAUCAGGGAGCGGGCAGCGGGCAAGUUCGACCGUUUCAAGGAAGAAGAAUUCGAGGAAUUCUGGGGUCAGAAGCAGAAAAUGGACCGAAGUCUGCAGGCCGGACAAAGCUCCCAAAUCAAGUUGAUGGACUUGACUGAUAAUGGUGUAAUCUGUGAGGGCGAUAUUUUGAAGUAUUCCAGAGCUUUUGCAAAAGGUAGCAAGAGGGUCCUUGUUGAGAAAGAAGCCAGAAUCGUGAAGAUUGAGGGUGCGAACUUGACAUUCGCUGUUCCACCUGGGCAGCGUGUCUUUCUCUCCACUGCUCCAGCACCAACGACAGACGCCACAAGCCCAAAUGAUUGUGAAAGAUCUACCAACAAUACAGAAACUACCGGAAUUACCAACACAAAUGGGCAACAUGAGGACGGGAAGACUAUCUUAGGGUCAGGACCAGGACCGAACGCUCAAGGGAUAGAGGCUGGCUCCGCUAGGAAACGCAAGUCAGAUGUCGAGCUUCCUGACAGUAAGAGACAGUGUUCGGAGCUGCAGGCGAACAGUGCAACUUGCCAUCUGGAUCCGGAAAUCACUGCAUUGACUCUAGACCAGCCCCAAGGUGUCGAGGAAAUCAUAUUACCCAAUAUACAGGGACUCGGUGCGCUGGCCUCGAAGAUAACAGAAAUUGACGGACGGAUUACGAAGAGGCCAAAUGGUAAUUCUUGGAAGGAAUUUCGAGCUUACAGACACAACCAGGAUAUGGGAAGCUUAUGGGAGCUCAGGCAGGCCUGGUUUGUGCGCGAGAAUAAGUCGAGGACAACUGCCUAA